ACACAUGCGGAGAAGCAACAAGCUACCCCGAGCAGCAACAGCUAGCUGCGAGCAGCUAAUUUUGUCGGACGACGAGGCGUCGACCAUGCAAAAGUUUAUAAACACGGGCGUUCGUCUCCAUUAGAAACCGCGGUGACGUUCCGUGAAACCCGAGGCGGCUGUGGAAACCAUGGGCCGUCGCUGGUGUGCGUAAUUCCGUGGUAUUUUGUGUUAUUUUGGGCUUCAAAUGUGCGAAAAGUCGCUCAGUCUCCUCUCGUCGUUGGAACAACAAGAUGGCAGCAGUAGCGGCGGCAGCAGCAGCAGCAGCGGCGGCAGUGGCAGCAUCAUUGCGGGAUUUAACCGUGGUGCGGGUCCUUGUCGUUAAUAGCCAGUUCAUUGACGCCCUGGACGAUGCGAUUUACUGGUCUUCCUGAAGGUAUGGCCUCGCAAGUCUUGGUUUACCCAUCACACCUGCACUCAGUUCAAACAAGUGCCUUAGGAACCAGCAGAAGUGGUACCAGCAGACAAACAGAAGAGGCCCACCACAGUAAUAACAUCAGAGCCUUUCAGCAUCAACCACCACCCAAGACCUAUGUGAUUGGAGUCAACUACGGAAUUGCCUAUCCAAAUAACGUUAUCCCUUCCUCAGCCGGGGCUGAUUCAGGGAGACGACACAGGGGAGUGCACCUUGGAGAAAGGGAGGAGUGGGCUUUACUGACGGCAGGGUGGCAAAGAGAGGACAGUUUUGAGCAACAAAGAUUGGGUCCAGCUGGGAUCCAGAAUCAGGAGAGUCUUUGCCAAAACAGGGGCCCUCAGGAAGUGAGGCCUCAGGGGGACAGUGGUGGAACUCCAUCAGGCGCAGGCUUGUACUGUGGGCUGCUGAGGAGGGGCUGUGUCAGAGAAGAGGAGGAGGAGAGCAGAAACAGGAGAGUACAAACCAGAGGGGGAUACGUUCAAUUUCUCGAAACAGGUGUCACCCAGAGAUGUGAGCAAAACAAGGCAGUUGAUGGUAGAGAACAACCGCAGGAGAAAAACUGCAUUGGAACCAUGCAGAUAGUGGAGGAGGUAUCUGCGCUACCUUCACUUCCUCCAUCUGUGGCCAUGUUGCAAACCAGCACUGGGAACAAUACAGACACUGUCAGAGCAGGGGGCAAAGGAACACUGCCUGCUCAACACAGCACAGUGGAUGGAGUGAAAGACAUGGGAAUCAGGGCGGACGGGGCUGAAAUCAGGCCUAACGGUAGUACUGAGGCAGUGGCAGGGGCUACGGUGACCAGAACUGGAUCUGGAGACGGGGACUAUCAGUUAGUUCAACACGAGGUUCUGUGCUCCUUGAAGAACAGCUAUGAGGUGUUUGAGUUUCUGGGUCGUGGAACCUUUGGUCAGGUGGUUAAGUGCUGGAAGAGGGGGACGCAUGAAGUAGUGGCUGUUAAAAUACUCAAGAACCAUCCAUCCUAUGCACGUCAGGGACAGAUUGAGGUGGAGAUCCUUGCCCGACUGAGUAGCGAGAAUGCGGAUGAGCACAAUGUGGUGCGUGCUUUAGAGUGCUUUCAGCAUCGCGGCCACACCUGCCUGGUGUUUGAGAUGCUGGAGCAAAAUUUGUAUGACUUCCUCAAACAGAACAAGUUCAGCCCACUGCCACUCAAAAUCAUCAGGCCUAUUCUACAGCAGGUGGCAAAAGCCUUAAAGAAACUUAAGUCUCUUGGAUUGAUCCAUGCUGACCUGAAGCCAGAGAACAUUAUGCUGGUGGACCCUACCAGGCAACCCUACAGGGUCAAGGUCAUUGACUUUGGCUCUGCCAGCCAUGUCUCCAAGGCUGUCUGUUCUACUUACCUGCAGUCCCGUUACUAUAGGGCUCCAGAGAUUAUUUUGGGCCUGCCAUUUUGUGAGGCCAUAGACAUGUGGUCACUGGGCUGUGUGAUAGCUGAGCUCUUCUUGGGUUGGCCUCUCUACCCCGGAGCACUGGAAUAUGACCAGAUCCGGUACAUCUCGCAGACUCAGGGCCUGCCUGCUGAGCAUCUGCUCAACAAGGGGACCAAGACCUCUCGUUUCUUCACCAAAGAGUCAGACUCUCCCUACGCCUCCUGGAGACUAAAAACGACAGAAGAGCAUGAGAAAGAGACCAGACUUAAAUCCAAAGAGGCCAGAAAAUACAUCUUCAGCUGUCUGGAUGACAUAGCACAUGUAAACUUGGUCUUGAGUCCUGAUAACGGUGACAUGCAAGCAGAGAAGUCAGACAGGAGGGAGUUUGUGUCUCUGCUGAAGAGCAUGCUACUGAUCGAUGCCGAGGACAGAACUGUUCCCUCCAGCGUCCUCAAUCACCCCUUCCUCACUAUGACCCACCUGCUCGACUAUCCACAUAGUAACCAUGUGCAGUCAUCUUUCCGCAUCAUGGACAUGUGCCACGGCGGCCCCACCAAUGCAAUUUUUGACGCUCUCAACCAGAACACCAUUCAUUUCUCAAGACCUCCUGUGGCCCCCACUGCCUCCACUGGCCUCCCUCUGGGCUACAGCAACAUACCAGUCCACACUCAGGCUAUAACCCAGUCAGCCCCUUCAGUGUUGCAUCCAGGGAUUACUCUAACAACUGGCAAUGGUCAGUUUGGAUGCAGUGACUCGUUCCCACCUGCCCUUCUUCUUUGUCCUCCCACCAUUCAAGGUAACCUUAAUCAACCAGCGGGGUAUACUGUUCCCAUGGUAACUCAGGCCCCUCCCAUACAACCCCUGCCAGUGAGGCCUGCUGUGAUAGCUCAGUCCCUGCAGCAGGCCUGGUCAAGCCGGGCGCAGCAGCUGCUUGUCCCAGCAGCCUGGCAGCAGAUGACUCCAGUUGGUCCUCCUCCCUCUCACCCCCCUCCACCACCUCCAUCCUCCUUAACCAAUGACACCACAGCUGGCCCACAAAGAAUCAGCGACUGGGGGAAAUUGCAUCCCCACAGCAACCACUACAGUUCAGUCAUUCAGCAGCCUCUCCUGACCAAUCAGAUGUCAGCCCUCUCUGCACACCAGCCAAUCAACAUUGGAAUAGCUCAUGUAGUGUGGCCCCAGCUGGCCAGUAAACGGAACAGACACAGUCACAACAGGAAUGUGUCCCACUCGAGCAACAUCCACGUAACAGGGUGUCGCACCCCCAAGAUGGCUGCUGUUGUUGGACAGGCGGCGCCGCGAAGGGAGCAGCCUCAGAGGGAGGUGCCUCUGGUGGAAACCAGGCACGUGGAAGUUGAGGAGGAGGAGGACACAGAAGAGGAAGUGAGCUGCUUCAGAGAGCCGGUCCCAAACGGUAACGGACAGCUGGACCUGUCCAGUCAACAGCAGCGUGAUGUGGCGGUCCUGAUGGGAGACACACCAAGUCCGGCUCACAGUGUAGUCAGCAUUCGCAGUGAACUGACCGAUGGAGAGGAAGAGGAUGAAGACCCCCAGAGGUGUCGUCUGAGCGGAUGCAAAGAGGAGUGUGUGUGUGAGGCGUGCAGAAACACCAGCGUGUCUAUGGAGAGAGUGUGUUCCCUCAGCAGCCCUGACAGCAGCCUCAGCACCAACUCUUUUGCCUCUAACUCACUUAACUCCAGCCCUUCUGUCUCUCCAUGCAAGAGACCCAACAGCAUGUCUGAGGAUGACGGACACGAGAGUGGUUGUGACACAGUGGAAGGUUCCCCCACAUCUGACACAUCGACCUCCCCGCAUGGCAACAGCCAUUACCGUUACCUUGACAACAGCAACCACAACAACCACCCACCUUUGGCUUCCAUGGUUGCAUCACUGCCUUCCCCUGCAGUGCAGGGCAGGAGUCCCCGUGGCGUCAGGACAAUGGUGGUUCCACCAAUGAGGGUGCAGAACAACAACAGACGGGGGACCCAGGACCGUGUCCAGAGAACAGCCUCAGAGUCCUGGUCCCGGUCCAAAGGGCGCUGCAGUCUCAUAGGACAACAGAGCAGUCCUUCUUCUGCCCCCCUCCUCCCAUCCGCCCCCCUCCUGUCCCGGCAGCUAAAGUCAUCAGUGCAGCACCAGCCCCCUCUGGCCUUUGGACAGGUGCAGCCGUACGGUUCAAACCACAGCAACAAAGAGUGGAACGGCAACUAUGGGCCGCUGCGACCGCACGCUUUCAUUCCCCCAACUGUCCACACACACACCUUCACACACCUGCAGCACAGCAGCCCCACGCACACUUCAGCUGGCCCGCAUGCACACACCCAGGGCCUGCCCACACACACCCUGCUGUCCUACCCUCCCGGUGGCCCCCUCACAUCCGCCCACCACCCCCACCCCAUCCUGUCCUCUCGCCCUCCUCCUCCGCCUCCCCCUCUCCUCCAGCACAGCUACGGUCUCUCCCACCCUCAGGGAGGCACUAUCGUUCACCAGGUGACCCUGGGCAUCAGCACGCACCCCCACCACCCAGUGCAUCCCGCUCCCCACCCACACAGGCUCCUCCCCUCACCGACCAUCCACCAGCACGGCUACGCCCACCUCCCGCACCAGUUCAAGCCUCCCUUCCCCCCUGCUCACCCCUACAUGGCCUCCCCCGCUGCCUUCACCGGCUUCCCUCUGAGCCCCACCAAGCUCAGCCACCACCCACAGUUCUCCUACAUCUGAGGUCCAGGAUGCCGCCGCAGCAGUUCCCUCUGGGGAGAAGGGGCAAUGGAAAAUGGAGCGGGGCUGCGACCUGGGCAGGUAGAGCUAGUAGCAGAGCACAAAAUGGACUCUUCUGAUGAUGACGAGCACAGACAUAAUGUCUAUAACACGAGGAGGAACGGAGAGAAAACGCAAGAGUCACAAUGCUGAAGAUAAAAAAAAAAUGUAAUGGAAAAUUCACAGUGUCUGAAAAUGAGAAGGUUCACAUCAAACUGAUCUGAAAGACUUCUCUGCGCAAUCCCGUCAUGCAGCAGAGGGAUGGAUUAUAACCCACAAAGCUUUAUAAGAGGACGUUACAAGAAUUAAUUCACAGACGACGACGAUGAUGACGAGGAAGUGUUUCGUUAAGAAUGUCCUUUGCACAUUAUCUCCUAUCAUGUGACGUUCAAAUCUUGUGCAGAGAAAAUGAUCUAAUUCGAGGCUGGAGAAUGAUUUUCUUGUUGUUGUUGCUCUCGGAUAAGUCGGCCUCCCCUUCCCUUUAUCUCCUUUGCCUUGUAGCCGCCGUUCAGAUCUGUUUGUUAAAGCCAUCCCGGUCCGUAUUACACAGGAUCCAACGCUCCUGUCUCUGUUUCCGGGCAGUUGUUUGUUUGUUUUUCUCGCUGCUGCCGCAAUCCUAGUGCCUUAAAUACGAUGACGUUACUUCAGGAGCUUAUAGAUUGUAAAUUUAAAUGGGUUUGCAGCACUUAACCUACAGACUCUGAUCACGAUGGGCUUAUUUGAUUAAUAUAAGGAUUAUUAAGUGUGUUUUAUGUUUUAAUAUUUGGCUAAUGUCGGACUUUAGUUUGCUUCCUGACUCAGAGUAUAGUUUCUUCUUUAACUAGAGGCUGCACAUAUAGGGCUUUGACUGAAUGAGCUUUUGUAUGUAAAUAUAGAAUGAUUUGAUAUUUUGAUAAUCGAUUUCUAUUUACUAUAGUACUUAAUUCAUAACAGUAUUGUCACUGUUUACUGUAACUGCAAUACAAUCUAGAUAGCCUCUGGGUUGCUGUGUUUUUAUUGUUUUUGGGUUUUUUUGCAUUUAAUUUAGACUCGCUGUCGAUGCAGUUUAGAAUUUUUGGGAGUGGCAUAGACAAAGAUAAAUGAGAUUGUUUUAACGUUUUUACUUUUUAACGGCUUGUCAGUGUUUUGAAAUAACCUUUUCAGCUAACAGUAUCGUUGCUGGGCUCAUGAGUGUUAGAGGUGCAUUGGUUUAAUUGUUUUUAAAUAUUCGUGUGAGAUGAACUUUGUGUCCAUGUAUUGAAGCCUGUUGUCAGUUUUGAUACAUUCCUUCAGGGUGGAUGUAUAGCCUUGAUAUAUAUAUAUAUAUAUAUAUAUAUAUAUAUAUAAUUAUUAUUUGUUUUUGGUUGUGUGUUUUUGAUUUCCAGUGUGUAGUCGAGUCGCGUAUUUACCUGUCAGCAUAUCAACUGGUAUUUUACUACAAUCAGCACCAAAGACUGUUCAUUAAUCAUUUCUGAAGCAUGGUCGAUACUAUUUUUCCUUUUCACCUCCAGCAUACUGUUGCAGUUUAUCAACAUUGGAAUAUAUUGUGAGAGCUCUAUUUUAAAAAGAAAACAACAAAAACACAAUGAGGUUGAGGUUUUAUUUUUCUGAGCUAUGUUUGGCAAAUUGUAUUUGGAAUGUAUAGAUAAUAUAAGCUGCUAUAUAUUGAUUAUCUGCCACUUCGUAGCUGUGAAUUUAUAGAGGACUAAUCUCAUUCUAGCCUGCGUUCUCUCUCUCUUGUAUUGUAGUUUUGGAGACUAGAUACAAUAGAAGUGGGGUUUGUUUUGAUUACAGAGUAUAUUGAAUGCUACUCCUAUUAUGCUAGUGCCUCUGUAUUUUUGGCUUUGUUGUUUUGAAGUGAUUGUAAACUGCUGUAAUGGAAGUUAUGAGGUUUGGUUUUUUUUCCGUUUUUUUUCUUAAUUUUGUUGCUUUUGAAAGUGUGUGUGUGUGUGUGUGUUUUUUGUUUGUGUGUGUAUUUAGCAUCAGUAUUUCAAAUGUAGGCUGGGUUCACUCUCUGAUUCGGUCACGAGUGUCGUUGACGUAUCGUUUUUUCUCUCUUUUUAUUUCCGUUACUGGACUGUAUUUGCUACUCACUGGACUGUAUUUGCUACUCGCUGUACUGUACAACUCGUGCCUUUCUUCAAAGCAGUCGCUGACGGGCGACGUCUCGCAGUCGGAGCAGUAUCGAUUUUAUUCCUUCUGAGGGGAUCAGCUCCUAAUUUACAAUUCACAAACUCCCCCCCAAGUCUAAAUAAGAUGUGGUCUAAAAACAAUCUUUUUUUUUUUAGUUUUCUUAAACGUCAGGGAAUGCUUUACCGUGCAGUACUCAGAAACAUGGGGCCUGAUUAUACGCAAAUGCAGAGCUUUAUUCUCACACCGUGAAUGUAUUUGUUAACCUCUUGACCCGUGUUUUUUGGUGUAUUUGAUGCAUUUCUCAUGGCUACGCAGCAUUUACGUCCAGUCAUGUGAUUGAGGUGUCGAUGGUUCCUGUAUGCAGCUUUUACCAUGUGUUUCUUGUCAGGGCUUCUUAAAAAAAAAAAAAAGUGCUUUAUCUCUCAAUCGUACUGUGUGUAGAUCCAAAGCUGCCCCGUCCUCAUCGUACUGUUGUUGUUUUGCUAUGUUGCUUAAGUAAUGGUUUAUUUUGUGUAUCCGUCUAAAUAUUCUACUGUGUCGAUCCUCAAACCAGAGGAUGCACACUGUUAAGCUUGGAGUGCUGUCUGCAGUUAUAAUCACAGCUGUGUGUGUUUGUGUGUGCGCGCGCGUGUGUUUGUGUGUGUUAUGGCACAGUAAUUCAUAAUUUUAAUAUGUUUUAUUCUUUAACGCUGUUGUUGUGCAGCCUCUCUCCUCAUAUCAAUGUUCUUUUUCUUAGCUCGGCGCCUGCGAUGAGAUGAACAUAUGCACCACCUCAGUGAUGCACCGGCCAUUUUGGGGGUUGAUCGCUUUAGAACAGAAAAAUCCCAGCUGCCUGCAGUUUUACCCCUGAUGGUUUCAGUGUUUUAAAUUCACUGGAGGGUCACACAGUACCAGGCUACAUCCACAUUACUUUCCAAAAUUUACUUUCCAAAACUUUGUUUUCCUUUUAAAAAUGCACCUCGAUUGUUUUACGAGGCAGUUAUUUUCCAUAGAGAUUUAGGGGCAGAAUUUCAGUCUGGAUUGACAGAAAUUAUGGUUUAGUUGCUUCCUGAUUGCUUCUUAUUAACCAAACGGCACGUUACAAUGAUACCUCAGCGGUCCUGCAAACUUAAGUCUGCCCCACACCAGAGGAUUUUCAAUUCUGACUUGACACAACAAGCCUUGUACAAUGUUUUAGUUCUGAGAAAGCACAGACUAGAGCGUUAAUGGCGUUUAAUGAAACGAUUUCAGGGAGGAGAUUUCCAGGGAUUUAGGAUCUCACCGAAACUGUCUUUGUUCGAUUGCGAGAUGUCUUGCAAGACACUGGGCUAGGAAAACGAUCUUUAUAUUGAUACAUACUUAAGAUUUGAAAUCGGGAAUUACUCUGAUAGGUCCGAUGACGCGUCUGUUAAUCCCUCACACUGCAGGAUAAUUUGGCCUGGUAAUCUGUUCAAAACAGCAUGAAAUCGGAAACACCCGUGAUUGUCGGAAGGACCGAAAUCUGGCCAAUUAUCCUCUAGUGUGGGACAGGUUUUUAGAAAAGACAGUUUCUACAGACUGAUCUGUCAUUUGUGGUCCUUUCUGAAACAGCAGAGGAGAAAAUCUGUUUAUCAGCAUAAACACGUCACCCAAAAUUCAGUUUUCCUAACGAAAACCUAGUAGUGUGGAUGUAGCAAACUCCAAUAGAAACUGAACAAGCACACGUAGCCCAGCAGCCUUAAGUGACAAAGCAGACCUGAGGACUCUUCACCUUCGACUUACACUAAAACAACACCGUGAAGUCCAGCCGUCAGUGAUUCCAGUGCCUUUGUCAGGCGUUAAAAAAAACAGUGCAUCUGAACAAAUCGCAAUAAUGAAGAAUUAGGUCCUUGCUAUUUUUUAUCAGUGUUUAAAUAAUACAAGUGUUUUUGGGGUUUCUUGUCCUGGGUCUGCUUUUAACGGGUCCCCCACAUGUCAUAACUAACUCCCCUAACACGGCUCAUCUCAUUUGGUUUCAGGGCUGAAAAACAAAGAGUGUAAAAGUCGACUAAGACACGUUUUUAGGUAGAUUUUUUUGUACCACAGCUUUGUAAUUUGUGUUGACAUUUAUAGUAUUUAGACACAAGUAUGUAGACAUGAUUGCUAAUUUGAAACAGUUACUGUUCUGAAUAUGUGUAGAUUUGUGUGGCUUUAUGAUUUGAUUUUCUUUUGAUUUUUUCGACUUUUAUUUUUUUCUUAAUUUGCUACACUAGUUUGACAUGUAGCACCUGCACUGUGCAAUAUAAAACAAUAUGAGGACUGGGGAAAACAAAUGAUGAUUUGGAUGUAAUAGUGUGUCUUACCAGUUUGCGGUCGUUUUUUCUUUUUUUUCCCCCUCUGGUUCUCAGUGAGUUUAAUGUGACCAAGCCUUAUGUACUUUGUCACAAAAAGCGGGUCCUUCUUGGUGACUCUUAUUGGUGAGUGUCAAAUCAUGAAUUGAUGGUGUACUAUGUCAAGAUUCACUUUGAAUUAAAAAAAAAAAAUCUUUUGCUUCA